UGGGUGUUAUUUGUUAUUUUAUUUUUUUAGCAUUUUGUGGUUGGAAUUGGUACGACCACGAUUUACGACACUUCUUGUGAAUUGACGGUAGGACAAGGAGAAGAGCCGGAAAGCGUUGUGUUUUGGACCGGAGGAGGUCAUUAGAAAGUGAGGAGUAAGUACGUUCUGGCUCUCGGGGUACACGGAAACUCUGUGCCAGCGUAUUUUCUAAUGCUGGUGUAAGGCAAAUCCAUUAUUCAACAGCCUCGUGUAGUAUUUCAACCUCUACGAAAUGCUUCGUCUGAUCCUGCGGCUCAGGCCGUCCACCGGCCGCUCCUGUCCCCGUGCCCUCCCGGCUGGGCCUGCUGCGCUCGGCUCCCGCUCCGUGCCGGGAACCGGCGCCCUGAGGCGGCUUCACAGCGGAGCGGGUUCCCGAACCACGUCCCUGAGCUCUGGCUACACCCACAGAGCGACUCUGCUGCGGUGCUCCCAGCUGGCGGGGGGCUGUCAAAGCAAGCGUUUCUACAGCCUGCCGCCGCACCAGAAGGUGGAGCUUCCUGCCCUCUCACCCACCAUGCAGACGGGGACAAUCGCUCGCUGGGAGAAAAAGGAGGGGGAUAAAAUUAGUGAGGGCGAUCUUAUCGCUGAGGUAGAGACGGACAAAGCCACAGUCGGUUUUGAGCUGCUGGAGGAGUGCUAUCUCGCCAAAAUCCUGGUUCCUGAAGGAACCAGAGAUGUGGGUGUUGGAGCAAUAAUCUGCAUCACAGUUGACAGCCCAGACUUAAUCGGAGCCUUUAAGGAUGUGACACUGGACUCUUUUAAAUCCGCUGGUGCGGCUCCUUCACCUGCUGCCUCCGCUCCUCCUCCUCCUGCAGCUGGCGCUCCCCCCGCCGCUGCCCCGGGCAGCUCUUACCCAACACACAUGAAGGCAAGCGCGCUCUUGCAUGGAAACACCUCCAUGUGUCGAGUCACACUUCCAGCCCUAUCUCCCACCAUGACGAUGGGAACGGUGCAGCGCUGGGAGAAGAAGGUCGGAGAGAAGCUCGGUGAAGGAGACCUGCUGGCUGAGAUAGAAACUGACAAGGCGACUAUCGGCUUUGAGGUGCAGGAGGAGGGGUAUUUGGCUAAAAUCCUGGUGGCAGAGGGAACACGGGAUGUUCCUCUGGGAGCGCCGCUCUGCAUCAUCGUAGAAAAAGAAAGUGACAUCGCUGCCUUCAAGGAUUACGCUGCAGCUCCAGCUGCUGCAGUUCCAGCUGCUGCAGCUGCCAGCUCCGCCCCGGCAGCUGCUGCCCCGGCAGCAUCCAGGAAAGGCCGCGUCUUCGCCAGCCCGCUUGCCAAGAAACUGGCCUCCGAGAAGGGCAUCGACCUGGCACAAGUCAGCGGUUCUGGUCCUGACGGACGCAUCACGCGCAAAGAUGUAGAGAGCUUUGUUCCACCUAAGGCUGCACCAGCUGCAGCCGCUGCCCCCGCCCCAGCGGCCGCCCCCCCCACACCCGCCGCAGCUCCUGCUGCUCCUGCCGGCACCUUCACCGACAUCCCCAUCAGCAACAUCCGCAAGGUGAGUCCCCGAUGGCGUCCCCGCCGGCCUCUCAUCCAGCACGAUGCCCCGACAGCCCCCCCCCGGACAGGGUUCAAAGCCGGCGUUUGCUCUGCUGCCUCUGGCCCGUGCCGCCCCCUCCUUCCUCUGCAGGUUAUCGCUCAGAGGUUGAUGCAGUCCAAGCAGACCAUCCCCCACUACUAUCUGUCUGUAGAUGUCAACAUGGACCAAGUGAUUGAGCUCAGAAAAGAGCUCAAUGAAGAGGUAAAAGCCCAGAACAUCAAGCUUAGUGUGAAUGACUUUAUCAUCAAAGCCAGCGCCCUGGCCUGCCUCAAGGUUCCUGAGUGCAACUCCUCCUGGAUGGAAACUGUUAUCCGCCAGAAUCACGUGGUGGAUGUGAGCGUAGCGGUGAGCACAGCCAACGGCCUCAUCACGCCCAUCGUGUUCAACGCCCACACCAAAGGCUUGGCCUCCAUCAGCGCCGACGUGUCCGCGCUCGCCGCCAAAGCCAGAGACGGCAAGCUGCAGCCUCACGAGUUCCAGGGAGGAACAUUCACUAUCUCCAAUUUAGGGAUGUUUGGCGUGAAGAACUUCUCAGCGAUCAUCAACCCCCCCCAGGCCUGCAUCCUGGCCGUGGGAGGCUCCGAGAAGCGGCUCCUGCCCGCUGACAACGAGAAAGGGUUCGACGUGGCCAGCGUGAUGUCGGUGACGCUGAGCUGUGACCACCGGGUGGUGGACGGGGCGGUGGGCGCGCAGUGGCUGGCGGAGUUCCGCAAGUUCUUGGAGAAACCCGUCACCAUGCUGUUGUGAUCAGACUGCACUGCCAUCGAAAACAGCAGCUAGCGGCAGAGGCCUCUCACCGAAGAGAUCCGAUUGGUCUGGAUCCUCCUGUGAUUGGCUGGCCUGCCACCAGGUCACUCCCAGUUACCCUGAAGGCGAAGAGGCGGAACUCACUCCAAUACCUUGUCUGCCUGCCUCUCCCUUCUGUCCCCUCACCCUUUCAGACUCAUUUCUAUUUAUUGUGGCCCCAUCUCACGAGAGACCAGAAUUAGGUUUAUUUUGUCCUAGAAUAGAGGCCGGCUCUACAUCGCUUUAACAUCGGUAAUGAUACAAAAAGGGAAGUGUUACCUGUCCAUCCAGCUAACAGGUUUAUCCCAUGCGUUGUGUGCGUGUGUGUGUUCCUACACACUUUAAUCUGUGACUUUGUGUGACAACAGGAAGCGCCGGUUGUUGGUUCCAGUGUCUGUGUCUGUGGGUGGAAUUUAGUUUUUAGGCAGGCAGGAAAAUGGGUCUACAAGGAAGUUAAUGCUGAGGUGCACACUGUCCAGAUCCCUACAUACUCACACACACACACACACACACAUAUAAAAUGGUUAAUUUUCUGUGGGUUAAUGCUUCAGUGUGUAUAUUCUUCACUGUGGAUGAACACAGUGCUGUAUAUUUAUGUAUAUGGAGGUGAGCUGUUUGGUUGAAAUAGCCAAGCACCGUGGAGACCUCACCAACAAAAAGUGUAAAUUCUUGAAUGGUUGCGAACACCUUACAGCCAAAAACUGGUCGGUUUUAUCAAUUCUCUCUCUCAGUCUGUUCUAUUUUUUAGUCUAAAAAAAUGCUCUUAAGUCACAGAUGAAACGCACAAGUCUGGUGCUGGAUGUUUGUGUUGAUGAAAUAAAUUGGGAGAUUACAACCUGUUGCCAUGGGUUCAGUGGUUUUAAAUUGUAACGAGAAGACUUAACAGUGCAGCUCCAGAUACACAAGUCUGAGAAACCACAGACUCCUCCACCAUUUGUAAUCUGUGCUUCUGGUAAACCUCUGUCUCAAUGCUUUGGUCAGCUGUCACUGCUGUUUCAUGCAACCCCCACACAAAUUAAUAAAUACAUGAAAAUGGGA